AUGAAGAACCCACAUCUCACUCUAGCCUUCUUUGGCAUCCUCAGUAUCAUAGUAUUUUUCCCUAAAACCUCUUAUCAGCUCUUUGUAGAUCAAGAUCUUCCGCCCAUCCAAAACCCUAGACUCCUAAAGGCUUACAUAGCUCUUCAAGCUUUGAAACAUGCAAUCACCUCUGACCCCAAAAACUUUAUCUCAAACUGGCAAGGCCCAAAUGUUUGCAACUACACGGGAGUCUAUUGUGCACCAGCCCCGGAUGACCCUAACACCUUAACAGUUGCUGGCAUAGACCUAAACCAUGCGAAUAUAACUGGUUCUUUGCCAGAAGACCUUGGCCUCCUCAGUGACCUAGCUCUCUUCCACAUAAACUCCAACCGCUUCUGUGGCUCCAUCCCUGGUAGCUUUAUCAAACUCAACCUUCUUUAUGAGCUUGACAUUAGCAACAACCAAUUCAGUGGUGAAUUUCCUUCUGUUGUUCUUUCCCUACCUUCACUCAAAUUUCUUGAUAUAAGGUUCAAUGAGUUUCAAGGCAAGAUUCCCUCUAAACUUUUUGAUCUAAAUCUUGAUGCACUUUUCAUUAACAACAACAAAUUCCAAUCAUCCUUACCUAAAAACUUCGGCAACUCUCCAGUUUCGGUCAUUGUAUUCGCAAAUAACAAUUUUAAUGGCUGCUUUCCUUCAAGUUUGACAAAAAUGGCAGGGACCCUUAAUGAGAUAAUCCUGACCAAUAUGGGAUUGACUGGUUGUUUGCCAUUAGAUAUAGGGCUGUUGAACCAAUUGACAGUUUUUGAUAUAAGCUCUAACAAGCUUGUGGGUUCACUGCCAGAGUCUAUAGGAGAAAUGAAAAAGUUGGAGCAGCUGAAUGUGGCACACAACAAACUUUCUGGUGACAUUCCACAGAGCAUAUGCUUACUGCCUAGGUUGGAGAAUUUCACAUACUCUUAUAAUUACUUCUAUGGAGAGCCUCCAGUGUGCCUCAAGCUACCAGCUAAAGACGAUACGAAGAACUGCAUACCCGAGAGGCCUUUGCAGCGAUCGCCUCAGGAAUGCAAAUCCUUCUAUGCUUCUCCUGUCAGCUGCAGUGCCUCCGGGUGCUCACCUAGACCUCCACCACCACCACCUCCUCCUCCUCCUCCUCCUCCCCCGCCGCCACCACCUCCACCCCCGCCGCCGCCGCCACAUCAUUUUUAUUAUCCUUGA